AAAGAAAAUAAAAAAAAAUAUUUCUCGUCCGUCCAACUCCACCACACCAGAGCAUUCUCGUGCUGUUCCUCCUCCUCCUCCUCCAGAUAUUAGGGUUUCUGACGGAAAUUCGGAUACUUCUCCGUCCUGCUCGCCUGAUUCCAUCUUCUUAGUAAAAUGAUUGGGUUUUGCUGCCAAUUGAAUGUUUGAAUCUUGGAUUGGAUACAUAUUGUCGAAAACAAUUACGCAGAUGUGUCGAAAAUGUCAUGCAUUCUCUCAUAUCGGUUUUGGUGAGGAAAAGAACGAUGAUUAUUCAUGCCCGUCGAGUUUUGUAACGAGUCUUCAGCUAUCAACAGUCGGUACAAUGCCUGAAAGUUCGGGAAUAAAUUUUGUAUAUAGUCGAAGGAGACGAGGAAAUACUGGUUCUAAAGCUGUUUAUUCAGCACAUGCCCUUGCGAGGGAAAAGAGAAGCGGAGAGGAGUGUGUCUCUGUUGUCAGUUCUUAUGCUCCUUCAGUUAAGGAUCAGCGUGUGGUUUCUCAAGGUCGGCAUAUUGUUGAGGACCCUGUAAUUCCUUUAAUACCACAGAAAGUUGAGUCUCGUAUCUUCAAAUCGGAGUCUAUUAAUGGAUGUUUACUGGUAGAAGAACGGGUUUUCGAUCAAGCUUCUAAAAAUACUAGGCAGAAAAUAAUUGAGGUUGAAAGUAUAAAUGACAGUUGCUCAUCAUCAAGGUCAGAUGUGGAACUUGCUUCAACUUCUAUGCAUACUGAAGUGGAAGAUACUAGCGAGUGCUCCUCAUCUAGUGCAAUGGUUAUAGAGGCUUUGGGAGAAGAUUUAUCAGAAAAGGAUUUAUGUGUCUUUACACAUGGCCGCCAGGGAGUUUGGCCUGGUCGGACACAUGGUUCAGUUGCAGUUAAUUGUGAUAGUGGUGCUACCAGAAACUGUAGGCCCUGCAAAAUUUGUGCACGGCCUGAGUCUCCAAUUAAAAUGCUAAUUUGUGAUAAUUGUGAGGAGGCAUUUCAUUUAUUCUGCUGUAAUCCCCGUGUCAAGAAAAUACCACAAGAUGAAUGGUAUUGUCAUUCUUGUUCAAAGAAGCGUAAAAUUCUUGUAGACACAAUUUCUAGAAGAUUUUCAAAUAUGGUUGGUGAAAAUGGAAGAUUUGGAAGUUCUUGUACAGGUGAAUCUAAUCCUAUAGCAUUGAUGUUAAGUGAUGCUGGGCCAUAUACAACUGGUGUUCGAAUUGGAAAAGGUUUUCAAGCAGAAGUUCCGGACUGGUCAGGUUCAAUCAUAAAUGAUACAGAUUUAAUGGGCGAGGCUUUAGAAUUGGAUUCAUCAGAUCUUGUUAAUUCAACUGAGUUUGAGCCCUAUAAGACACCUAUUUUUAGCUCUAUUGGUAAUUGGCUUCAAUGUAGAGAGGUUGUAGAUGGCGCAGAAGACACUGCUAAUGGAAGUAUAUGUGGAAAGUGGCGCAGGGCUCCUCUAUUUGAAGUCCAAACUGAUGAUUGGGAUUGCUUCUGCUCUGUUCUUUGGGACCCAUUUCAUGCUGAUUGUGCUGUGCCUCAGGAGCUGGACACAGAUCAAGUUGUGAAGCAAUUGAAGUAUAUUCAGAUGCUGAAGCCUCGAUUAUCUACUAGGCGACGGAAAUUGGAUCAGAAGACGAAUGACAACGAUUCACGGGAGAAUUUAGAGAAUGAGAGAAAUGUAAGAACUCGGCAAUGAGUAGUGAAUAGCGAUUUUGUUAAAAUUGUUCAUACGGCUCGCCUUUUGUAAAUUGUUAUAGAAAUCAAUAGCCAUGAAUUCUGGAUUCAGAUAACUGAUUAUGGAAUGUAAUGAAAUUUGAUGGAUAGAGUAGAAUCAGAGUAUGAUACGUUCUUGAGUGAGAUUCAUUUACACAA